CACGCUGGCCUCGCGACGACACUCGCUUUUCAACCGUGAACCUUAAGCCUCCAGUAGAUCAGCGAUCCUUCGCACAGUUUCGACUUUUGAUUCAACAACACAACCGGUUCGGAGGUGGUUUGCAAAUUUUUUUUCCAUUUUUCACCCCUGCUACGAGAUGCGAUUGGUGGUGGUUGUCUUAACACUGGGAUUCGGAUUAUGCGGACCGACGCUUGCUGACACGGAAAAAGUCGUCUUCGUAGUUCCACGCUACAUACGUCGAAGCUUUUCCAACAAUGCGGCACCCUUCUACAAGGUCCGCGUACCAAAACGACCCUUCUUCGUCGGCCAUUACGCCGGAAACCCAGGCAACGGCGACCGCCCGUUUUUCCCAGGAGGAAAGCAGACCGUUGGACAGAAUUUGUAUCACGGUGCGGAUUUCGGGAAAAACUUUGCGGGGGCACAGCAGCAGCAACAGCAUCAUCGAGAAGUGCAGAACCAGGUUAUAAUACCACACGGCAAGGGUAUUUCCCACGGUGUGAGUUUCGGGAAGGGAUACAUCCCGCAAGAGGAGUUGAAACGGGCGAUCGAGAACUACGCCGGAUUCCCCCGGGGGGACGAAAAUCAACUCCAGGACUCUGCGGGUCAGGGUUUCAACUUCGAGGACGAAGGAUACCUGCAGCGAUUCGAGGGGCAAAGCGUCGCGCCGCAAGAGGCUCGGUGGGUUUUUCCUCCGAGCAACGAGGAAGGGCGGAAUCAGGAGCCCCAUCAAGUCGAGCAUGAACAGUACAAGAUGUUCGAGGAGCAGGGGUCGCAUUCGCCCCCGAACGAGCAGCUCUUCUACACGAAGUUGAGCGAACAGCCCCGUCCGAUUUCCAACGGCGUUCAUCCCUCGGCCAGGAUGACGGAGCACAAACUCACCCCCAUCGUGCUUCAGGACACCAUUGACAUGAAGGAGUACAUUGAGAAGGUCGAGGCUUUCACGAGGAGCUGGCCUCUUCAGGGUCUCGCAUGGAAUAAUCAACAACCAAAUUUCCCAGGUCUGACCUUCCCGCAUAUCCAAGGGGUCAAUCCCUGGGCUCCCAGCUUCCCGAGCAAUCCCAGUGGCGGGUAUCAAGUUCAGGAAGAAUCCGUCGAGGAACCGAUGAAACGAAGCUUCAGUGUCGCGAUGAUGUAGCGAAAUGUGUUAUUUCUAGGUUCCUAUCACGUACAAAAAUCCCUUAGUGUUUAAGUGUUCUUACCAUUUGUACCUAUCAAGCACUGCCUUAUACGGUGCAUCGUUAAUACAUAAUUUAUUUAUACGUGUUUGAAGAUUGUUUUUACAAUUAUAAUACAUUUUUGUUGUAUCUAACAAUGAAAUUAUCAGCGAAAUUUUCUAUUGGACAAUGUCCUCAUGACGUCAGAAGUCUUGGUUGUCGCCGCCAUUUUAUCAUCACAUAACCUAAGUUUUUAACUUUAAAUACAGGCU